AUGGACAAUGGCCAGUACUUGGUCGGUGCAGCAGCCCAAUGUGCCACCGCCGGCACGUGCUCGUCCGUUUGCGGCUACCAAUGCCAAACCAACGGUGUCACAGGCUGCAUCUACACGCCCGCCGUUGAUUCUGGCAAUUGUCAGGCCGUUCAAAACUCUACUUGGAAUGCUGCUCGUGGCAUUUGCCAGGUGACCGUUCCCCAGACUACAUGUACAUCACGUCCCAACCACAUCUGGUUAAACUGCGCUGCCAAGUCAGUUUCAGAGUGCUACUCGCCAUUGGGCAGCGACCCAUUGGAAGACAAUUUGUGUGUUUUAGUUAGUACCAAGUGUAAUACCAAGGAGGAAUGUGAGGCGAGUGGAGGGUGUUCAGAUGCCUAUUUCUUCCAGUCCAAGCAGACUGUAAACUACACCAACGGGCUUGGAAAGUGUGUCCACGGUCAUUAUGCAUACAAGAGUAACUGGCCCGUCCCAACUUGUCUUGAUGACAGCGAGAAUGACUCGCCAAAGGGAUGCUUCUCUUCGACACCCUUGGUGUUUACAGAGGCCGAGUGUUUAGAGCUUGGCCCAGACUAUUCUUGGUGGGCUCCAGCUAUCACUCAAGCACAAUGCACAUCGCAAAUGGGAUGCAAGACUAUUGACACGGCACAACAAAACCUUCCCAACAACUACCGAUUCAACCAAAUGGACCAAGACUUGUGCGAAACGUGUAGCGAUAUUUCACACGAGUGGACUAAUAUGUUUGAAUGGAUUCCAGGUGUUUGGACACCAAGUAUCCCAGUCAAACCACAGUGGAUCAAGCCAGACUUCCGUCACUCUUCAUCGAUUCAAAAGGUGCUGGAUUUUGGAGCCAUUGCGACCGAGCUCAACUAUGGCUACUACACUCAUGUCUCUGAUUUGCUACGUUCGGCUUCUCUAUGUCGUAUGGAGCGUGUAGAGGAGAAUCUCAACUCGAUAUCCUGCUCGUGUAGUGGGCCAGGAGGAUCAGAAUGUUUUACCACAUCUGCAUUGAUGCUCGGUGAGACAAAACCAUGUGCCAACGAACAAUCAUCGUUUUCAUUCUCCUAUGGUAUGCUCCAAUUCAAAGAGUCUAGUGUUCCAUUUGCCUGUACAUCGGUUCUCGUUUCCCAGGUAUCUCGUCAGUUGUUCAAGGCCACCGAGCUCCAAACUCUCUCUUCCAACUUUGUCUCUUAUCGCAAACCCGAUGAUUUUGCCUUACUCAAUUCGCGUGGCGCUAUUAUUGGUACCAUUUUAUCGGAUGGUGUCAAGAUUCAAGCACAGGGUGUCAACUCGUACACACUCUGUUUCUCAAGCAGUGCUACCCCAGAGAGCUACAAACUUUCAGUAUUGGACUUUGUCAUUGAAGAGGAUAUCUUGGUUCCAAUGGAAGUUAACAUUACCUCUAUCAUUGAUUCAACCGACAAUAUCACCUACAAAUGUGCUUUCCUCCCCAAUGUCAACCCAACCGCCACAUACCUUCUCGUUGCACGUAUCGACGACUAUCAAAACAAACAAAAGGAAGUGUUUGACAAGGGUGCCACAGGACUCAUCUAUACACUGGCCGUCAUCUUCCUCCUCGCCUCUAUCUGGGGUCUUGUCCAACUCGCAAUCACUGGUUAUAAAUGUUAUCAAGGUUUGGAAAAACCUAAAUUGGUUCAUUCUUUAAUUGUUACAGUAACUGUAUUUAUGUUAAUUCGAUCAAUUUAUUUCUUUAUAUUGCCAAGUGGAAAACUUAGUACAUCAGCAGUAGCAGAUUAUAUUUUGGUAGUGUUACCAACAUUUAUUUACUUUACUGCAUUUACCAUUAUUAUUGUACUUUGGUAUAUUAUUGUCAAGAGUAGAACACAACGUAACAUCCUUCGUCGUAUUGGUUUGAUGAUUGGCACGAUCAAUGCUAUUCUCUACAUAUUGUUUAUCAUUAUUAUUUUGGUGUUCCAUCUUACUGAAAGUAAUCCAACCAAUGACUGUAUUGGUCGUAUGGUUGUUGAAGCCAACACGACCACGCCACAGCGUAUCGUGUCUAUCGUGUAUGCCGUCGUCCAGGCCGUCAUUUCGUUGGUCAUUGGUGCUGCCUUUGUCUACUUGGGUGGUACUCUCUAUUUUAUGAUGCGUUUCAAAAAGGUCGAUGUCGACAAUGAUCACAGAGACCAACAACAAAAGAGAAUUUCAGUGGUCACAUUGGCCUGUUCAGUCGGUUUUAUUCUCCAUUGCGUCUUUGUGCUCAUUCUUGUCGGAGCUGAACCUAGCAACAUUAUUUUCAGUUUCAUUGGUCUCCUCAUCACCGAAGUUAUCCCCGUCAUCUCCAUCCUCUACUCUUACAACCAAGGUAGUCUUUCGGGUGUCAAACAGACCACCAACACUAGCAAACUCUCCUAUGUCACUGAUAGUCGUGAAAACUUUAACAGCUCUGCCAACAGCAGUUCUGUCAAUCGUACCACAUAUGAUAGUAGCUUUACUAGUUCAAGUAGAGGUUAA